AUGGAGCCGUUGUGGGUUUUCGUUGGUGCAUUAUUGGCAGCCACAGCAGUUCAUGUCGCCGGUCAGCAAGAAGGUUUCCUGAGCAUCGACUGCGCCCUGGAUGCCAAAUUCAACGGACGCAGAGACACCUACACAAACAUCGCCUACGUCUCCGACGAUCCGUACGUUGACGGCGGGAAGAACCAUAGGGUAGCCGCCGAGUUCGAUGACAGUUCUACAGCCGAGAACCUCCGCACACUCAGGAGCUUCCCGUCUGGCUUACGGAACUGCUAUACCCUCCCAACCGAGAGCGGUGGCAAGUACCUGGUCCGGAUGGUGUUCUUACACGGGGAAUACGACGGGAAGACCAGUCCGUCGUUCGAGGUACACUUGGGCAGCAACUACUGGGACACGUUCCGGAACAAUGACUACUGGUGGUCCGAAGCGGUCUUCGUCGCGUGGGCGAGCUGGGUGCCGUUGUGCCUGGUGAACACCGGCGGCGGCACGCCAUUUGUGAACACGGUGGAGCUGAGGCCGCUCUUACCCUCGCUUUACCCCCAGGUCACUGUCAACGAGUCGAUAUCCGCCUUUGCAAGGAGAAAUCUGGGGGCAAACACUAGUUACCGGUUUCCCGACGAUCCAUAUGACCGCUUCUGGGGAUGGAAAGUCAGCUCGUUGUGGGCAAACCUUUCCACCAAAGAGACCAUCCAGCAGGAAGACAACUACGCUGUGCCCAUCCCUGUUCUUCGGACAGCCGUCGCUCCUGUCAACAAUGCCACGGUGCUAAACCUCGGUACAUGGGAAACGUACAAAAGUUCAUUCGAGUUUAAAAUUUUUCUACACUUCUCCGACAUCCAAAACACCCAGCUCCGACAGUUCGACAUCUACUUGAACGACCAUGAGUGGUACAAGAAAUACAGCCCCCCGUAUCUGAUCGCUCAUUCUCUGUAUUCUAUUGGCUGGUACAAGGCUACAGAAGGCACGUACAAUAUUACUCUUGCAGCCACCAAUGCAUCUGUGCUGCCUCCGAUGAUCAACGCAUACGAGAUCUUCAACCUCAUCCCCCACGACACUCCGAGGACGUCCCCCAAAGACUUCGACACAAUGAUGGCUAUCAAACUCGAGUACGGAGUAAAGAAAAACUGGAUGGGUGAUCCAUGCUUUCCUGCCAACUAUCGUUGGAGUGGCGUGAACUGUAGCGGCGUAACUGCUAACACAACGCGGAUAAUAUCUGUGGAUCUGUCAGACAGUAACUUGACUGGAGUGAUAUCUGAUAACUUCACACUGCUCACAGAACUCCGAUAUCUGGAUUUAUCUGGCAACAGUCUGAAUGGACCAGUUCCAAAGUCCCUCUGUAAAAGGAGUGCAGGAUCACUCAUUUUCAGGUAUCAAUCUGAUGAAGAUAUGUGCAACAAAACAACAAUAAGUCCGCCUCCAUCAAAAAAUAGAACAGCCAUAAUAUCUAUUUCAAUAGUGGUUCCCAUGUUGGUAGUGGCUAUACUUGUUCUGGCAUGUUUGAUCUGGAGGGGAAGGAGAAAGCCCAAAAUUUCUACACAUGAUCCUCCCAGGGAACCAGAACUUCAGAGUGCUCCUGAAAGUAGAAAAAGUAAUGGGGAUCAGCUACAAAAUACUGAGAACCGCCGAUUCACAUACAAGGAGCUAGAGAAGUUUACUGAUAAAUUCCAACGGUGCAUUGGUAAAGGAGGUUUUGGACUCGUGUACUACGGCCGUUUAGAAGACAAUGCUGAGGUUGCUGUCAAGAUGCGUUCUGAAUCAUCAUCACAUGGACUUGAUGAGUUUUUAGCCGAGGUCAAUAGCUUGACAAAGGUGCAUCACAGGAACCUAGUUUCUUUGGUUGGUUACUGCUGGGAGAAGGACCAUUUAGCACUGGUUUAUGAGUACAUGUCCCAGGGCAAUCUUUGUGAUCAUCUGAGAGGGAAAAAUGGUGCUGGUGAAACCUUAAGUUGGGCGACACGUGUACGAAUCGUGCUUGAAGCUGCACAAGGCCUGGAUUAUCUGCACAAGGGAUGUAGCUUGCCAAUAAUUCACCGGGAUGUGAAAACCAACAACAUUCUCCUAGGUCAUAAUCUAAAGGCGAAAAUAGCUGAUUUUGGACUUUGCAAGACCUAUCUUAGUGACAUGCAGACCCACAUAUCAACCAAUGCGGCUGGGACAGCAGGUUACAUGGACCCCGAGUACUAUCACACUGGCUGGCUCACUGAAAGCAGCGAUGUCUAUAGCUUCGGUGUUGUUCUACUUGAGGUAGCAACCGGUGAACCUCCGGUACUGCCGGGCCAUGGCCACAUCGUUCAACGUGUGAAGCAGAAGAUUGCCACUGGCAACAUCACCACGGUGGCAGAUGCACACCUUGGAGGUGAAUAUGAUGUCAACUCCAUGUGGAAACUGGUCGACACCGCAAUGGCAUGCACAGCGGAUGCUGCUGUCCGAAGGCCAACAAUGGCUGCCGUUGUGGCGCAGCUGAAAGAGAGCCUUGCGUUGGAGGAAGGUCGUGAGGACAGUAGCAUCAGGGGAAGCAUAGUGAGUACUACUUCUGCCCCGAUGUCCGCGUUCGGUCCAUCAGCAAGAUAA